CGUCGGGACAGUGCCUCUGCGUUGGUGUGGUGACGACCAGCCCGGUGGUGGAUUUCAAAGUCGUAGUUUUGAAGUGUCUCAAGCGGCCGUGCCAGCUGCCCCUUUGGUUCUUUGAAGUGGAGAAGCUAGGUGAGGGAAGCAUGGUCGGUGCACAGCAGGAACCUCUGCCCAUAGAGGACAGCACUGCACUGAGACCCACAUCGCUGGCAUCCGUGCCUACGAUGAAUGGUCUCUGGGAGUCGGGGUAAGCAAUACAGGGACCUCGAUGAGCGCCAACCAGAGGUGGGAGAAAGCAUGUGCACAGUCCUGCACAGUCCUCACCCCGCUAGAAUGCCUGUCCUUUCUGGGUCAGCUUAUGCAGGGGGCUGGUGAUGGUGAUGAAUCCCUGACGAAAUGCCGGUAGUAGGACGCCAGGCACAGGAAGCUCCGCAACUCACCAACAUUGCGGGGAACAGGCCAGUCCGUCACUGCUGAGAGUGAGAGUGAAUGGUUGUUUGUCUCUAUGUGGCCCUGUGAUGAUCAUUGUUGGACAGCACCGUUUCCGUUGCAGUUAAUGUCAUUGUGUUUCAGUUAAUGUUUUUCUAUUUGUGUUGGUGAUUUGCACUUCUAGGCCACCGUACAGAACAGCAAGACAGAAAAAAGAAGUAUGGAAGUUCAGACCUGUCAAAUUUAAAUGAAUUAAACAGAAUCCCAAUCUCGCCCAGGGCACUUACACGGACAGUGAAACAACAGAUGAAGGGAAGGGAGGGAGUGGGAGACACAACCCACCCAUCCUUGUUUGGGCUCCUCCCCUCCACCACUCAGAUAUAACCUCAUCUUCUCUCCAUAGAUUUAAUAAUCCUACAUCCACUAACUCUGCAUUCAAGAAAAGAAGAUGGGGAAAGUGCACAUCUGUUUGAAACGGAGUUUCAUUGGCGUGAUAAAUGUGAUUGCGAUCCUCAAUGCCAUAAUGUUUGGAGAUCUGAUUGCUAAUGGACACCUCCCUGAUGGUGAAGAGAUUCAAAACAAACCUCAACUGUUGGUCUUCACCAUCACACCUCUGGUUUUGGUCAUCCUUGGUGUGUUUGGUGUCUACAAAAAGAAGAAGUGGGCUCUCAUAGUGUUUACAGUUGGAAUGAUCCUGAUAGACGCGAUUAUGUUACUUUUGUCAGCCGUUUUUUUGGCUGGUAAGACUCAGCUCGUUGAAGAGUUUGGGAAUAAAUACAGGGACGUUGGACCACUGUCUGAAAGUCAGGAAUUUCAACUAAAUUUAUCAGAACAACAGAAAAAAUUUCAAUGCUGUGGAUUAGCUCGGGGCUACAUGGACUGGGGCCACGACAUCCCAGACACUUGCGAAUGCAUUGGCAGCGCAACUAGUAAUCCAUGUGUGGAGCUCUACACCAGCGACGACAGCGUCAGAAUGGUUUAUGAAAAGCCAUGUCUUCCAUACUUGAUGGAAAACUAUGAGUGGUUCAUCACUGUAGUGGGAGGGAUAGCGAUGGCAUUCUCGUUACUCUGGAUGCUGUCUGUGGUGUUGAGUAUCGUCAUCUUGUGUAAGUUGUGCCAGAAGGAAGAUGCUCCAGCAGUGGUCUACCACACAGGAGAAAACUGAAGUAACUUUCUUUUUAAAUUUCUUUCCUUUACUUUUUUGGCUGCACUACUAUGUAUUUUUUUCCCUCUCUCUUCCACUGCAUAUAUUGUGGCUUUUGCACUCAAAUGUACCAGUGCAUUUAUUUAUUUUUCAUGUCUAAACCUAUCUAUACAGUAACACAAAGCUGGUGGUGCCCUGAGACUUUCGCAUAGUAUUGUAUGUACA